AUGAUUGACAAGAAGAAUCACCACAUUUCUGACCUACAGGACAAGGUCCGUACUCUGGAGAAACAGGUCGCAAAGAAUCUGGACGAGCCAGAGCAACAUUUCUUCGAGGUAAAGACAUCCUGGUGUGACAAAGUCAACACCCUUGAAGCUCAGGUCUUCAACCUGGACCGAAGGGUGGCCGCCGACUCACUGGAGUGCAGUCGCAUGGAGAGGCUGCUUGCAGAUGCUCAGCAGCGCCUCAAGAAUCAGCAGCAGCAGCGUGCCAAGUUCGAGGAGCAGUUGCUGGAGAGGGACACUGAACUGGCAAACGUGCGGCGCAGCCACGAAGAAGAGCUCCAGCGACAGCGUGCACUCCAGGACUAUCGGCUGGACGAGCUGCGGAUGCAGGCGGCUGACCCCCGUGCGCAGCUCUCCCAGGCCCAGGAGGACUGCGACCGAGAAUUCAGUCGAGCGCAGGCACUAACUGCGGAACUCAACAAGAAGGAAGCCGAGUGCAAGGGGAACCAGGAGCGGAUCCAAGGGCUCGAGGCCGGCCAGAAUACUAUGUUGGCAAAAGUCUCCGAACUGGAGAAGCAGCUCCGUGUUGUGUCGCACACCCUCAAGGAGAACGAGACUGAACAAAAGACCACGAAGGAAGAGCUUGCGAAGCUCAAACAGGUGCUGGUCGUGGCCGAGAUGAAGAACGGGCGACUGAAGGCGGGACUUGAGGCAAGGCAGCAGCAAGCGGUCAACCAAUCCAAACUGGCAGAAGAGGGGACGCAGCUGCAUGAAUCCGUGGAGAGGGUGACAGCAAAGGCGGAGCAGUUGGAGGAAGCUACGGUCAACGCGAUCAACUGCAUCAGGGUGUCUGGCCUGGCGUGUAAGGUGGCUGUCCUCGAGGACCACAGCUGCGUCGAGAGAGAGUACUGA